AUGGAGAAAGUGAUUUCGUGCAACAAGAGUGGGAAGACGUUUUUGUCUUCAUCAAACAACUGCUUCUGGAGCGGGAAGGGAAAAACUCGAAAUUUCCUCCCCCAAAUUUUCGAUGAAAACUCUGCUAGUUUCAUGACAGCCAUGAGAAUGCUCCGACAACCCCUCGAGCAGCUACUACAAGAUAACCGACCUCAUUGCAUUGUUGCCGACAUGUUCUUGCCAUGGGCAACUGAUGUUGCUGCUAAAUUUGGCAUCCCAAUGCUUGUUUUUCAUGGAACUAGUUUUUUCUCUCUGUCUACAAUGUUUUUGAAAGAAACCAAAGAAGCAAAGGUGAGGAGCUGUGGGGUUGUUGUAAACAGCUUCUAUGAGCUCAAACCGGCUUAUGCAAAUCAUUACAUAAAGGUCUUGGGAAGGAAGGCAUGGCAUAUAGGUCCAAUUUCACUAUGCAACAAGGAGGCUGAAGACAGAGGUCAGAGGGGAAAAGAAUCCUCCAUCGAUAAACAAGAAUGCUUGAAGUGGUUUAAUACAAAAAACAACAAUUCAGUUGUUUAUAUAUGCUUCGGAAGUUUGGCCAACUUAACUGAUUCUCAGCCAAUGGAAAUUGCCAUGGGUCUUGAGGCUUCUGAACAAGAAUUCAUUUGGGUCAUGAAGAAAGGCAAAGAUGAAAAAGAAGAGGAAGAUGUGGGUCGUGCUCAAUCUGAAAUUUUUCUCUAUUUUUGCUCCCCAAAACAGAGCAACAUAUCUAUUUUUUUCCCGCUGCUCCCCACGUCGAGCACGACCACCACUUCUGCCAUCACCCAGUCCCAUCGCACGCUUAAUCUUGACUGA